CAUAGUCUUUCUUACCUUGCCCCAGGGACUGCCAGGCUCUCUUUUCCUCUUGCAGGUGACGCUGGAGAUGCUGGCGAGACAGCUCCGUUGGGCUUUCUGUUGCUGGCUAGGGGUUUGCCUGUGGCUUCUGGCUGGCGAAAGAGGAUGCAUCAGCGCUGCGCUCUGCCGCAGUCCCCCGUGCAGCAGGAGCAGUGACAGCGAACAUCAGCCCAGCAGACAACACUGCCAGGGCCCCCACUGCUCAGGAAGGGCAAGGCACCCUUCUCGUGCCUUUGCCCAGUCCACCACACCUGUGCAAGGGCAGCUGCAACAGCCUCUAGGGGGCAGCAGCCUGGGACAUGCUGCCUUGGCCGCCACCAGGGGUGCAGAAGAGAGUUGCACUGGAGGAGGAGACUGCAGCGCUGGCGCUCCCAAUGGCACCGUUCGGGACUGCAAAGGCAUUGAGUGCAGGCUGCCUCUGCACAUUCGCCAGAAGUCCAGGCCAGCUACCCAGACCAUCCCAUGCCCUCCAAACCAGGGGGAAGGUUGCCGUGAGCCCACCUUGGUCAGAGCAACUGAGAGGGCAGCCCAGUUCAUCGGGGAAGACCUUGCCUACACAGCUUCAGAACUAGGCGGUGCUGCCCUGGGCGUUCAGCUGACCUGUGAUGUCAAACCAGGGGAAAAUGAGGUUCCGUCUGAGGAUGCGCUUGUGCUGCAACUUCAGCUUACUAAAGGACAAGAAAAAUUUGUCGACUUGCUAAAAAGCCAGCAGGCGACGAUUGUGGAUUUACAGCACAAACUUGCAGAGCAGCAGAGCAUGUUGGUGGCUCAGCAGCGGGAAAUCGUAGAGCAACAAAGGAAAAUGUAUGAACAAAUGGAUCUGAUCAAGGUCCAGUAUGGCAUGCUUUUUGACACGGUGAAGCAAAUGUCGUUUAAGAGUUUGCAAGAGGAUAUUCAACAUUAUUUUGAAGCCAAUCUCCAAGGCCUUCAGAACCAAGUCAGAAGCCAUCUCCAGAAGUCAUACUCCAUGCAUAAAGUAGAAGUUGAUGCCAAAGUGAUUGAUGUUGGGGAACCUUUAAUGGACUGUGGCCUUUGUGAAAGUGACGAAUUUUGUAAUUUCCAAAAGACACCCUCGCAAUGUGAAAAAUGCACUUCGUGCCCUGCUGGCUUUUUCCAGCUGUCUGAGUGCUCUACAAAUGCUGAUCGGAUAUGCCAGGAUAGAGACGAGUGCAUUGAAUCACCAAACAUCUGUGGAGAAAGGAUAAAGUGCCUGAACACUCCAGGAGGAUUCCGAUGCCUUGGAAUUGCAGCGAAAGAAGCUGCCUUGGGUUUGUGCGGAGAAGAGUACUUCUUUAACAAAGAGUUGCAAGAGUGCCAGGCUUGCUUAAUGUGUGAAGACAGGGCGGUUGUUCUCCCUUGCUCCACUGUCAGCGACACUGUUUGCUCAACAGCCAGUGAGAACAAGCUGUCCGAGUCCUGGACUGCAAACGUCGUUUUACCCACGGCACAGUCUGGCGCUUCUCAAAUUUAUCCUGGCGUAACCUUGAAGAUAAAGGGGAAGCACGAGUGGGACAUCGUCGCGGUGGAAGAGAACAGCCUGGUCUUCAAGCAGCAUGGCCUAAUGUGGGCCGACUUCAAUUUUGCCGUGAAACACAACUGCAGGAAUUUCCUCCAGCUUGCCUUAAAAGUCAGCAGCCAGGAGGAAGGCUGUGAGCUGAGCGCGGUCCGCAUCGAGCAGCCGGAAGGCAAAAUCUUCCAGAGCGUCAGUGUGAGCGGUGCUAUGGAGGUAGAACCGGGCCAAGCUCUCUGGGUGUUUUUGAAGAGCCCCAAUCAAUUCUGCAACCAAAGUAAAGACUUCAACAUUUACGACCUCAACACGCCCCUCAGUUUGCUUUGGUUAUCCCACGACACGGGGGCGGUGGCCAUGACUGCGCAACUCUCCACAGCGAUGCACUACCAAACGAACUACCGGCCCACUUUCAAAUUAGUUUCCCUUUCCGACCCUUACAUGCUAACCUUGUCCCACGAUGGCAGAGCCGUCAAGUUUACGGAAAGGGGUGUGGUGAAGUUCGUUUUGCACCAAGCCUUGUAUUCCAUGGGCCCCACCUGCAUCCGCGAAGGGCUUUCCCUGGUGUCUUAUCUCAACCGAAACGGCACCAACGUAGAACUAAUGACCGUGCACAAGUCUGGUGUCAAUUAUCGAGACACGUCGAUAUCUGCCUCUGGGGCCACCAGAGUUGAAGCCGGGGAUCUGAUUAGCUUUGAGAUCCUUUCACCAGCACAAUGCAACAUUCGUUAUUUUGGAGACAGCUCUGGAAUUAGUAUGCUGAGCCUCAUCUGGAUCCCAUCUGCAGUUUCCACAGCUCUCUCAGCCUCGGUCUCCAUUAAGGGGCUGCCCACAGGAGCUGUCAGAAACAAAUUACUGGAUUUUACUCAGGUUUCCUCCAUUGAGAAGCAGAUCCGUCUGGUUUCUACUGGACAACUUGCUCAGAGAUACUUUGUCUUUACCGAAAGGGGAGUCGCCAGUGUUGUGUUUUCAAUAAAGCUGAUCCACUCGUGUAACAUGCUCCGGGUGACUCUAAAUCAGCUCUUCGGUGAUCAUGCACAGCCUCAUUCAAUUGCGCAGCAGGUUGGAGGGCAAAUGCCAGAGGGCAGCGUCUGGACCAGUGUCACGCUUCGCUCCUCCUUUGAAGUUCUCAAUGGUACAAUGAUAUCUGUUUCUCUCGACUGUGUGCGUGGCAGGGUCAACCACAUUGCACAUCAACAUGGAACCAGCUUGUCCAUUUUAUGGGUUUCAUCUAUCCCAGAAGGAAACUAA